AAACCAUAAGGGCUUAUUUUGUAAGUUUUUAUGAUACUUGGAGUUCAGAUUUUGCCUCCUUUCUCCUUUCACACCAGAUGCUACCUCCCUCUCCCUUUCUCUUCGAAAUUUGCGGUUCAAAAUGGUGUCAAACAGGUUGAACAUAGUGCUACCGUUAGCGGCGGCGGUUCUGGUCAUAUCCGCCCUAGCCGUAACCGUAACAGCCGAUUACGUCCGACCACCUCCUCGCAAGACCUUACACUUCCCUUGGGUGUCCAGGCCUUCAUCUCAGCCUCAACAGGUACAUGUCUCCUUGGCAGGGAAUAAACACAUUCGUGUUACAUGGAUUACGAGUGAUUCAUCUUCUCCUUCACUUGUUGAAUAUGGAACAUCACCUGGAAAAUACAACUUUAGGGGUCAUGGAGAUACUACCUCUUAUAGCUAUUUAUUCUAUAGCUCGGGCACAAUACACCAUACUGUCAUCGGGCCACUAGAAGAUGACACUGUUUACUUUUAUAGAUGUGGAGGGCAAGGACCCGAGCUCAAGUUCAAAACCCCACCAUCAGAGUUCCCAGUUACAUUGGCCGUGGCCGGUGAUUUAGGUCAGACUGGCUGGACGCAAUCAACUUUAGAGCACAUUGAUCUAUGCCAAUAUGAUUUGCACCUGCUCCCUGGUGACCUCUCUUAUGCUGAUUACAUACAGAACAGGUGGGACACAUUUGGGGAACUGGUGCAGCCACUUGCCAGUGCAAGGCCAUGGAUGGUAACUCAAGGGAAUCAUGAAAAAGAGAGCAUUCCAUUUUUUAAGGAAGGCUUUGAAUCCUUUAAUGCUAGAUGGAAGAUGCCUUAUGAAGAAAGUGGAUCAACUUCAAACCUCUAUUAUUCAUUCGAAGUUGCAGGGGUUCAUGUUGUCAUGCUUGGUUCAUAUACAGAUUAUGAUGAGACAUCUGACCAAUACAACUGGUUAAAGGCAGAUCUCUCAACAGUAGACAGGAAAAGGACACCUUGGUUACUUGCAUUGUUUCAUGUGCCAUGGUAUAACAGUAAUAGUGCCCAUCAAGGUGAAGGAGACAACAUGAUGGAAGCAAUGGAGCCAUUACUUCAUGCUGCUGGUGUUGAUAUUGUGUUUGCCGGCCAUGUGCAUGCUUAUGAACGCUCGAAACGUGUUUACAAUGGAAAAUCAGACCCGUGUGGUGCUGUCCACGUUACGAUUGGAGAUGGAGGAAACAAAGAAGGUUUAGCACACAAGUACAAGGAGCCAUCGCCAGAGUGGUCUGUGUUUCGUGAAGCGAGUUUUGGUCAUGGUGAGCUGAAGAUCGUGAACUCGACUCAUGCCUUUUGGAGCUGGCACAGGAACGAUGAUGAUGAACCCGUGAGGUCUGAUGAAGUGUGGAUAACCUCAUUGAUGAGUUCGGGAUGUGUUGCUGAGGAAAGAAAAGAAGCUAGAGAAAUACUCUGGUCGCCUUAAAAGUCUAAAACUUGUGUGGAAAUUUCUGCAAGGAAAUGAAAGUUGCACCAUCAUUUUGAGGUCCAAUAGCCAAGUUUUGAAGAAAAUUGAUAGCUAUAUGGAAUUGUAUGUCAAGUAAAGCUUUAAUUUUUGAAGAUGUUGGGUUUGUACAAUGUUAUAACUUUAAAGUAGGGUGAAAUUACUAUAGUUGACUUCAAAAGUCAAGGUUUAUCUUUCGUUUUGGGUUAUUUUCCUUCCUUUAAUUAGAAUGUAGGGUGCCUCAUCUUGGUUAAGUUUUAAUCUA